AUGCCCGAGCCCGCCAAGUCGGCUCCAGCCCCGAAGAAGGGCUCCAAGAAGGCGGUGACCAAGGCGCAGAAGAAGGACGGCAAGAAGCGCAAACGCAGCCGCAAGGAGAGCUACUCGGUGUACGUGUACAAGGUGCUGAAGCAGGUGCACCCCGACACGGGCAUCUCGUCCAAGGCCAUGGGCAUCAUGAACUCGUUCGUCAACGACAUCUUCGAGCGCAUCGCGGGCGAGGCGUCCCGCCUGGCGCACUACAACAAGCGCUCGACCAUCACGUCCAGGGAGAUCCAGACGGCCGUGCGCCUGCUGCUGCCCGGGGAGCUGGCCAAGCACGCCGUGUCCGAGGGCACCAAGGCUGUCACCAAGUACACCAGCUCCAAGUAAACUUGACAAGUAAGCGUCCUGUCAUCCAACCCCAAAGGCUCUUUUCAGAGCCACUUAACUUUUACCAAGAUAGAGCUGUUGCGCUUUGCCUAUUGAAAAGUCUCGGUGACUGGAUCCCGGAUCAUUUUCUCCAGGAGCACCUUGAGCACCCCGUGGACUCCUGUAAGUGAAGCCAGAUGACGGGCUUGGCAGUCCGUGCAUGUUGUGCACAGCGUUAUGGUGGCGCUUGCCAUCACCCAGAUCCAGUCACAGCCCCUCCUACUUUGCCACAGCUAGACCUGAUGUUGAGGGUAUAGACGGGAGCACUAAAAAAGUCAAACACCGGUGCACUCAGGAGGAAAGAGGCGUUUUGAACUUUUCAGACCAAAUUGAAAACUAGAGCCGCGCAGGCCGGAAAGCCUCACCGCUGGAUUCUGCUCCCUUCCUCCUUGCAAGCAAAGGUGGAGGGAGGUACGUGUCCGGAGCUUCUCGUGGGUCGCUGAGACCGUCUUGGGGGAAGGCGAGGCGGACUUUGCCGUGCCCUUGCAGGGGAAGGAGUGUCCUGUGGACUCCGGUAUGAAUAUUGAGGGAAGAAAAAGAAGUUAGUGGGUAUAGUCCUCCGCUUGCUAAGGCACAGUCAUCUCUGACUCUCAAAUUAGGCAAAACAGAAGUAACUUACCUGAGGUCACACAGCAAAAAAAUGGUGAAUGGAAUUUAAGCUUCCAAACUUUGAGUCCGUGCUUGUAGUAGGAUCUACUGCCCGUUUUAGAUCGUAAUCCCCACCUCUGGGAGGCUGGAGAGCGCGAAUGAAACCCCAGAACAGGUAUUGGCUCUUAUGAGUCAUUCUUACACAGCAAUUAACUGAUUCAAGCCUAUCCGGCCUUAACUCUGUUCCCAGAGCCCAACUAGGUUCUUAGGGCCACCAGGGCCACUUCUAGGCUCUUGUGUCUUGCAGCACAUUACAUAAGGCAUGGAUUUCUGUAUCUUUCCUCUAAAAUGGGAAUAAGUUGGAGAUUACUUGGAUAAAUGUAAAGGGAGCUUGCAACUUUUAGUCCCUCGGUGUUCAUUUGUUUUCUGCCCUUGUAUCUUUUCAUAUGUAUUAGAAUCACAUGAAAUUAUUAAAGUGAAGACACAUUAUUACAAUAGGAAAGCAUUUUGCUACAGGAAAGCAGUAAACCCGUUAUACUCUGCCCCAAAUUCUAUAUACAAUCCUCUGCCACCCUAUUGCAUCAAGGUAUUGACAAAACGGCAGUAAUAUUUAUUACUCUUCCCAGAUUUUAAAAUAAAUCUCUGUAAUAGUAGACCAACUCAAAGUCAUCAAUUAAAGUUAACUAUCUCUACUUUGCCUUCCAAUAAUCUUCAGUGACUUCACCAGCAAAUGAAUGCUGCAGUGGAUUUUAAAAUGCUUUUCUUGCUACUCCCCCAAAUCCAACUGUACCUCCUAAACCAUUCUUUCAUCCAAUUAACAUUUUAUUUAGCAUUUACUAUUCGUUACAGGCCGCUCAUUGUAUGUUGGGUUAGGGAUGGAAAUUCUUGAACCUUAUUUCUCAGUCACCACUGGUGUUCCUGAAAAUAGGUAAAACGUUCAUGGAGGAAAAUUUGGCAAUAUCUCUCAAAACAAUGCAUAUAUUUUUGGGCACCUGGGUGGCUCAGUUGG